CUGCUGAUUUAUUUUUUCUUCGAAGGGAUUUAUUUUGUGAGUCGCGAAAAAAUGGUAAAUUCCGAGAGGAAUAAUGGAACUUCCGGCGAGAAAAUUGAAAAGUGUGCAAAUGGAAAGGCUUCCAGGAAGAAGCAGAUAAAAUUCUGUGCGUCUUUGACGCGAUACCAGUCGGUAAUUAGAGUGGCAAAGGAUUUAGGUUUUCGCCUUGUGAACUCAGACGAAGCAUGGAGUAUCCUGUGGGCAGAUGGACCAAUUUCUCCGGAGAUCAUCAGACAGAUGAAAUCCUUUCAGCGCAUCAAUCAUUUUCCAGGAAUGCAAGAGCUGUCCAUGAAGCGCUGUCUUGCUCGAAAUCUCAACAGAAUGGCCAGGUUCUUCCCCGAUGAUUAUGAUAUUUUUCCCAAAUCCUGGUGCCUCCCAAUGGAACUCAAUGAUGCCCAGGAGUACAGCAGGAGCCACCCAUCAACGGUGUUUAUCUUGAAGCCUGACCAUGGAUCCCAGGGAAGGGGGAUUCGUUUGUGCAGGAACUUGAGGUCAACCACGAUGACUCAGGAGAAGGUUGUGUGCCAGGAAUAUGUGAAGAAUCCCCUCCUGAUCGAUGGUUUCAAGUUUGACAUGAGAGUUUACGUGCUGAUCACUGAUAUGGAUCCCUUGAGGGUUUACAUUUACAAUGAGGGACUGGCCAGAUUCGCGACAAAUAAGUACCAUCAACCUUCGAUCUCCAACAGAGGGAAUAUCUUCAUGCACUUGACAAAUUACUCUCUGAACAAGAACAGCCAGACUUUCUGCCCAGACUCUGAGAGUGGGAGCAAGAGAACUUUUUCUGUGCUGAACAGAAUCCUCCAGGAAGGGGGUUUCAAUGUCCAGGAGCUGUGGAAUCAAAUUGACGAUGUUAUCCUUAAGACAAUCUUCAGUGCUUACACCACUUUGAGGCAUAUCUAUCGGGCUACUUUCCACAAUCAUCGCUUCCGUUCUGGGGGAUUUGAAGUUCUUGGAUUUGACAUAAUCAUCGAUAGGAAGAUGAAACCUCUAAUUCUGGAGAUUAAUCAGAGUCCCAGCUUCCAUACAGACCAAGAAGUUGAUCUAGAAGUCAAGGAUACUCUCAUAAGGGAUACUUUUCGUCUUCUCCUGACUUCGAGGAGGAAGUGCGGGAAUUACCGGCUUCUCUGGCCAAAUUCUGAAAAAGAUAGCUACACUAAAUACCUUGAGCAUCCCUCUUCGCUCUUUGCCACAACAAAAAGUGCCCAGAUCAGGCAAGAGAAAGCCAAGGAUACCCGGGAGAAGCUCCAGAAAAUUCCUGACCUGAACCCCGCGGAGAAGAACAGAGAUUUUCCUGUCAAUGACGAUUGGAAACCGAUUAAAAUAGAGCAUAUUCGUGGAAGUGAUCACAGCAGACUCUAUUCCCUGGCUCAGAGGGAGACCCUGGUGAAACUCAGUGGGAUUCAGCAUAUCGUCCUGAAGAAUAUGUUCGACAAUGAUCUCCUGACCUGGACAGAUCGUGUGAAAUUCGAGCCAAUUAUCAAAAAACUCGAAGCCAAUGCCGAAUCCAUCGACUUCCCCUUCCUGGACAUCGAAUCGCCCCACAUCAGCAAAAUUCCCACCCUCCGUGGUGUCCGGAAAAACCGCACCACGAUGCUCAGAGAAAUCUCCCGGACAAUUGAUUCGUAGUAAAAAUUGUUUUCACGAUGAAAAUAAAAUAUUAAUAAAAUUACA